CCCCAUUCUCUCUCCUUCCAUCACCCGCCCCAUUCUCCCUCCUUCCAUCACCCCGCCCCAUUCUCCUGCUUUCCAUCACCCCGCCCCAUUCUCCCGCGUUUUCCAUCACCCCGCCCCAUUCUCCCGCGUUCCAUCACCCCGCCCCCAUUCUCCCGCUUUCCAUCACCCCGCCCCAUUCUCCCGCUUUCCAUCACCCCGCCCCAUUUCUCCCGCUUUCCAUCACCCCGCCCCAUUCUCCCGCUUUCCAUCACCCCGCCCCAUUCUCCCGCUUUCCAUCACCCCCGCCCCCAUUCUCCCGCUUUCCAUCACCCCGCCCCAUUCUCCCGCUUUCCAUCACCCCGCCCCAUUCUCCCGCUUUCCAUCACCCCGCCCCAUUCUCCCGCUUUCCAUCACCCCGCCCCAUUCUCCCGCUUUCCAUCAUCCCGCCCCAUUCUCCCGCUUUCCAUCACCCCGCCCCAUUCUCCCGCUUUCCAUCACCACGCCCCAUUCUCCCUCCUUCCAUCACCCCGCCCCAUUCUCCCUCCUUUCCAUCACCACCGCCCCAUUCUCCUGCUUUCCAUCACCCCGCCCCAUUCUCCCGCUUUCCAUCACCCCGCCCCAUUUCUCCGCUUUCCCUCACCCCGCCCCAUUUCUCCCGCUUUCCAUCACCCCGCCCCAUUCUCCCGCUUUCCAUCACCCCGCCCCAUUCUCCCGCUUUCCAUCACCCCGCCCCAUUCUCCCGCUUUCCAUCACCCCGCCCCAUUCUCCCGCUUUCCAUCACCCCGCCCCAUUCUCCCGCUUUCCAUCACCCCGCCCCAUUCUCUCCCGCUUUCCAUCACCCCGCCCCAUUCUCCCGCUUUCCAUCACCCCACCCCAUUCUCCCGCUUUCCAUCACCCCGCCCCAUUCUCCCGCUUUCCAUCACCCCGCCCCAUUCUCCCGCUUUCCAUCACCCCGCCCCAUUCUCUCUCCUUCCAUCACCCCGUCCCAUUCUCCCUCCUUCCAUCACCCCGCCCCAUUCUCCCGCUUUCCAUCACCCCGCCCCAUUCUCCCGCUUUCCAUCACCCCGUCUCAUUCUCCCGCUUUCCAUCACCCUGCCCCAUUCUCCCGAUUUCCAUCACCCCGCCCCAUUCUCCCGCUUUCAAUCACCCCGCCCAUUCUCUCGCUUUCCAUCACCGCAUUCCAUCACCCCGCCCCAUUCUCCUCUUCAUCACCCCGCCCCAUUCUCCCGCUUUCCAUCACCCCGCCCCAUUCUCCCGCUUUCCAUCACCCCGCCCCAUUCUCCCGCUUUCCAUCACCCCGCCCCAUUCUCCCGCUUUCCAUCACCCCGCCCCAUUCUCCGCUUUCCGUCAUCCCCGCCCCAUUCUCCCGCUUUCAUCACCCCGCCCCAUUCUCCCCGCUUUCCAUCACCCCGCCCCAUUCUCCCACUUUCCAUCACCCCGCCCCAUUCUCUCUCCUUCCAUCACCCCGCCCCAUUCUCCCUCCUUCCAUCACUCCGCCCCAUUCUCCCGCUUUCCAUCACCCCCGCCCCAUUCUCCCGCUUUCCAUCACCCGCCCCCAUUCUCCCGCUUUCCAUCAUCCCCGCCCCAUUCUCCCGAUCCAUCCCCCGCCCCAUUCUCCCGCUCUUCCAUCACCCCGCCCCAUUCUCCCUCCUUUCCAUCACCCCGCCCCAUUCUCCCUCUUUCCAUCACCCGCCCCAUUCUCCCUCCUUUCCAUCACCCCGCCCCAUUCUCCCGCUUUCCAUCACCCCGCCCCAUUCUCCCGCUUUCCAUCACCCCGCCCCAUUCUCCCGCUUUCCAUCACCCCGCCACCAUUCUCCCGCUUUCCAUUCACUACCCGCCCCAUUCUCCCGCUUUCCAUCACCCCGCCCCAUUCUCCCGCUUUCCAUCACCCCGCCCCAUUCUCCCGCUUUCCAUCACCCCGCCCCAUUCUCCCGCUUUCCAUCACCCCGCCCCAUUCUCCCGCUUUCCAUCACCCCGCCCCAUUCUCCUGCUUUCCAAUCACCCCCCGCCCCAUUCUCCCGCUUUCCAUCACCCGCCCCAUUCUCCCGCUUUCCAUCACCCCGCCCCAUUCUCCCGCUUUCCAUCACCCCGCCCCAUUCUCCCGCUUUCCAUCACCCCGCCCCCAUUCUCCCGCUUUCCAUCACCCCGCCCCAUUCUCCCGCUUUCCAUCACCCCGCCCCAUUCUCCCGCUUUCCAUCACCCGCCCCAUUCUCCCGCUUUCCAUCACCCCGCCCCAUUCUCCCGCUUUCCGUCAUCACCCCGCCCCAUUCUCCGCUUUCCAUCACCCCGCCCCAUUCUCCCGCUUUCCAUCACCCCGCCCCAUUCUCCCGCUUUCCAUCACCCCGCCCCAUUCUCCCCUCUUCCAUCACCCCGCCCCAUUCUCCCGCCUUUCCAUCACCCCGCCCCAUUCUCCCUCCUUUCCAUCACCCCGCCCCAUUCUCCCGCUUUCCAUCACCCCGCCCCAUUCUCCCGCCUUCCAUCACCCCGCCCCAUUCUCCCUGCUUUCCAUCACCCCGCCCCAUUCUCCCGCUUUCCAUUCACCCCGCCCCAUUCUCUCCGCUUUCCAUCACCCCGCCCCAUUCUCCCGCUUUCCAUCACCCCGCCCCAUUCUCCCGCUUUCCAUCACCCCGCCCCAUUCUCCCUCUUCCAUCACCCCGCCCCAUUCUCCCUCCUUUCCAUCACCCCGCCCCAAUUCUCCCGCUUUCCAUCACCCCGCCCCAUUCUCCCGCUUUCCAUCACCCCGCCCCAUUCUCUCCUCCUUCCAUCACCCCGUCCCAUUCUCCCUCCUUCCAUCACCCCGCCCCAUUCUCCCGCUUUCCAUCACCCCGCCCCAUUCUCCCGCUUUCCAUCACCCCGUCCCAUUCUCCCGCUUUCCAUCACCCCGCCCCAUUCUCCCGCUUUCCAUUACCCCGCCCCAUUCUCUCGCUUUCCAUCACCCCGCCCCAUUCUCCCUCCUUCCAUCACCCCGCCCCAUUCUCCCGCUUUCCAUCACCCCGCCCCAUUCUCCCGCUUUCCAUCACCCCGCCACAUUCUCCCGCUUUCCAUCACCCCGCCCCAUUCUCCCGCUCUCCAUCACCCCGCCCCAUUCUCCCGCUUUCCAUCACCCCGCCCCAUUCUCCCGCUUUCCGUCAUCCCGCCCCAUUCUCUCGCUUUCCAUCACCCCGCCCCAUUCUCCCGCUUUCCGUCAUCCCGCCCCAUUCUCUCGCUUUCCAUCACCCCGCCCCAUUCUCCCGCUUUCCAUCACCCCGCCCCAUUCUCCCGCUUUCCAUCACCCCGCCCCAUUCUCUCUCCUUCCAUCACCCCGCCCCAUUCUCCCUCCUUCCAUCACCCCGCCCCAUUCUCCUGCUUUCCAUCACCCCGCCCCAUUCUCCCGCUUUCCAUCACCCCGCCCCAUUCUCCCGCUUUCCAUCACCCCGCCCCAUUCUCCCGCUUUCCAUCACCCCGCCCCAUUCUCCCGCUUUCCAUCACCCCGCCCCAUUCUCCCCCUUUCCAUCACCCCGCCCCAUUCUCCCGCUUUCCAUCACCCCGCCCCAUUCUCCCGCUUUCCAUCACCCCGCCCCAUUCUCCCGCUUUCCAUCACCCCGCCCCAUUCUCCCUCCUUCCAUCACCCCGCCCCAUUCUCCCGCUUUCCAUCACCCCGCCCCAUUCUCCCGCUUUCCAUCACCCCGCCCCAUUCUCCCGCUUUCCAUCACCCCGCCCCAUUCUCCCUCCUUCCAUCACCCCGCCCCAUUCUCCCUCCUUCCAUCACUCCGCCCCAUUCUCCCGCUUUCCAUCACCCAGCCCCAUUCUCCCGCUUUCCAUCACCCCGCCCCAUUCUGCCGCUUUCAAUCACCCCGCUCCAUUCACCGCUUUCCAUCACCCCGCCCCAUUCUCCCGCUUUCCAUCACCCCCGCCCCAUUCUCCCGCUUUCCAUCACCCCCGCCCCAUUCUCCCUCCUUCCAUCACCCCGCCCCAUUCUCCCGCUUUCCAUCACCCCGCCCCAUUCUCCCGCUUUCCAUCACCCCGCCCCAUUCUCCCGCUUUCCAUCACCCCGCCCCAUUCUCCCGCUUUCCAUCACCCCGCCCCAUUCUCCCGCUUUCCAUCACCCCGCCCCAUUCUCCCGCUUUCAUCACCCCGCCCCAUUCUCCCGCUUUCCAUCACCCCGCCCCAUUCUCCCGCUUUCCAUCACCCCGCCCCAUUCUCCCGCUUUCCAUCACCCCGCCCCAUUCUCCCGCUUUCCAUCACCCCGCCCCAUUCUCCCGCUUUCCAUCACCCCGCCCCAUUCCCCCGCUUUCCAUCACCCCGCCCCAUUCUCCCGCUUUCCAUCACCCCGCCCAUUCUCUCUCCUUCCAUCACCCCGUCCCAUUCUCCCUCCUUCCAUCACCCCGCCCCAUUCUCCCGCUUUCAAUCACCCCGCCCCAUUCUCCCGCUUUCCAUCACCCGGUCUCAUUCUCCCGCUUUCCAUCACCCCGCCCCAUUCUCCCGAUUUCCAUCACCCCGCCCCAUUCUCCCGCUUUCAAUCACCCUGCCCCAUUCUCUCGCUUUCCAUCACCCCGCCCCAUUCUCCCUCCUUCCAUCACCCCGCCCCAUUCUCCCGCUUUCCAUCACCCCGCCCCAUUCUCCCGCUUUCCAUCACCCCGCCCCAUUCUCCCGCUUUCCAUCAACCCGCCCCAUUCUCCCGCUUUCCAUCACCCCGCCCCAUUCUCCCGCUUUCCAUCACCCCGCCCAUUCUCCCGCUUUCCAUCAUCCCGCCCCAUUCUCCCGCUUUCCAUCACCCCGCCCCAUUCUCCCGCUUUCCAUCACCCCGCCCCAUUCUCCCUCCUUCCAUCACCCCGCCCCAUUCUCCCUCUUUCCAUCACCACGCCCCAUUCUCCCGCUUUCCAUCACCCCGCCCCAUUCUCCCGCUUUCCAUCACCCCGCCCCAUUCUCCCGCUUUCCAUCACCCCGCCCCAUUCUCCCUCUUUCCAUCACCCCGCCCCAUUCUCCCGCUUUCCAUCACCGCGCCCCAUUCUCCCGCUUUCCAUCACCCCGCCCCAUUCUCCCGCUUUCCAUCACCCCGCCCCAUUCUCCCGCUUUCCAUCACCCCGCCCCAUUCUCCCGCUUUCCAUCACCCCGCCCCAUUCUCCCGCUUUCCAUCACCCCGCCCCAUUCUCCCGCUUUCCAUCACCCCGCCCCAUUCUCCCGCUUUCCAUCACCCCGCCCCAUUCUCCCGCUUUCCAUCACCCCGCCCCAUUCUCUCUCCUUCCAUCACCCCGUCCCAUUCUCCCUCCUUCCAUCACCCCGCUCCAUUCUCCCGCUUUACAUCACCCCGCCCCAUUCUCCCGCUUUCCAUCACCCCGUCCCAUUCUCCCGCUUUCCAUCACCCCGCCCCAUUCUCCCGCUUUCCAUCACCCCGCCCCAUUCUCCCACUUUCCAUCACCCCGCCCCAUUCUCUCUCCUUCCAUCACCCCGCCCCAUUCUCCCUCCUUCCAUCACCCCGCCCCAUUCUCCUGCUUUCCAUCACCCCGCCCCAUUCUCCCGCUUUCCAUCACCCCGCCCCAUUCUCCCGCUUUCCAUCACCCCGCCCCAUUCUCCCGCUUUCCAUCACCCCGCCCCAUUCUCCCUCUUUCCAUCACCCUGCCCCAUUCUCCCGCUUUCCAUCACCCCGCCCCAUUCUCCCGCUUUCCAUCACCCCGCCCCAUUCUCCCGCCUUCCAUCACCCCUCCCCAUUCUCCCUCCUUCCAUCACCCCGCCCCAUUCUCCCGCUUUCCAUCAUCCCACCCCAUUCUCCCGCUUUCCAUCACCCCGCCCCAUUCUCCCGCUUUCCAUCACCCCGCCCCAUUCUCCCUCCUUCCAUCACCCCGCCCCAUUCUCCCUCCUUCCAUCACUCCGCCCCAUUCUCCCGCUUUCCAUCACCCCGCCCCAUUCUCCCGCUUUCCAUCACCCCGCCCCAUUCUGCCGCUUUCAAUCACCCCGCUCCAUUCACCCGAUUUCCAUCACCCCACCCCAUUCUCCCGCUUUCCAUCACCCCGCCCCAUUCUCCCGCUUUCCAUCACCCCGCCCCAUUCUCCCUCCUUCCAUCACCCCGCUCCAUUCACCCGCUUUCCAUCACCCCGCCAAAUUCUCCCGCUUUCCAUCACCCCGCCCCAUUCUCCCGCUUUCCAUCACCCCGCCCCAUUCUCCCUCUUUCCAUCACCCCGCCCCAUUCUCCCUCCUUCCAUCACCCCGCCCCAUUCUCCCGCUUUCCAUCACCCCGCCCCAUUCUCCCGCUUUCCAUCACCCCGCCCCAUUCUCCCGCUUUCCAUCACCCCGCCCCAUUCUCCCGCUUUCCAUCACCCCGCCCCAUUCUCCCGCUCUCCAUCACCCCGCCCCAUUCUCCCGCUCUCCAUCACCCCGCCCCAUUCUCCCGCUUUCCAUCACCCCGCCCCAUUCUCCCGCUUUCCAUCACCCCGCCCCAAUCUCCCGCUUUCCAUCACCCCGCCCCAUUCUCCCGCUUUCCAUCACCCCGCCCCAUUCUCCCGCUUUCCAUCACCCCGCCCCAUUCUCCCGCUUUCCAUCACCCCGCCCCAUUCUCUCUCCUUCCAUCACCCCGUCCCAUUCUCCCUCCUUCCAUCACCCCGCCCCAUUCUCCCGCUUUACAUCACCCCGCCCCAUUCUCUCGCUUUCCAUCACCCCGUCCCAUUCUCCCGCUUUCCAUCAACUUGCCCCAUUCUCCCGCUUUCCAUCACCCCGCCCCAUUCUCUCGCUUUCCAUCACCCCGCCCCAUUCUCCCUCCUUCCAUCACCCCGCCCCAUUCUCCCGCUUUCCAUCACCCCGCCCUAUUCUCCCGCUUUCCAUCACCCCGCCACAUUCUCCCGCUUUCCAUCACCCCGCCCCAUUCUCCCGCUCUCCAUCACCCCGCCCCAUUCUCCCGCUUUCCAUCACCCCGCCCCAUUCUCCCGCUUUCCAUCACCCCGCCCCAUUCUCCCGCUUUCCAUCACCCCGCCCCAUUCUCCCGCUUUCCGUCAUCCCGCCCCAUUCUCUCGCUUUCCCUCACCCCGCCCCAUUCUCCCGCUUUCCAUCACCCCGCCCCAUUCUCCCACUUUCCAUCACCCCGCCCCAUUCUCCCUCCUUCCAUCACCCCGCCCCAUUCUCCUGCUUUCCAUCACCCCGCCCCAUUCUCCCGCUUUCCAUCACCCCGCCCCAUUCUCCCGCUUUCCAUCACCCCGCCCCAUUCUCCCGCUUUCCAUCACCCCGCCCCAUUCUCCCGCUUUCCAUCACCCCGCCCCAUUCUCCCGCUUUCCAUCACCCCGCCCCAUUCUCCCUCCUUCCAUCACCCCGCCCCAUUCUCCCUCCUUCCAUCAUCCCGCUCUAAUCUCCCACUUUCCAUCACCCCGCCCCAUUCUCCCGCUUUCCAUCACCCCGCCCCAUUCUCCCGCUUUUCAUCACCCCGCCCCAUUCUCCCGCUUUCCAUCACCCCGCCCCAUUCUCCCGCUUUCCAUCACCCCGCCCCAGUCUCCCUUCUUCCAUCACCCCGCCCCAUUCUCCCUCCUUCCAUCACCCCGCCCUAUUCUCCCGCUUUCCAUCACCCCGCCCCAUUCUCCCGCUUUCCAUCACCCCGCCCCAUUCUCUCUCCUUCCAUCACCCCGCCCCAUUCUCCCUCCUUCCAUCACCCCGCCCCAUUCUCCCGCUUUCCAUCACCCCGCCCCAUUUUCCCGCUUUCCAUCACCCCGCCCCAUUCUCCCUCCUUCCAUCAACCCGCCCCAUUCUCCCUCCUUCCAUCACCCCGCCCCAUUCUCCCUCCUUCCAUCACCCCGCCCCAUUCUCCCGCUUUCCAUCACCCCGCCCCAUUGUCCCUCCGUCCAUCACCCCGCCCCAUUCUCCCUCCUUCCAUCACCUCGCCCCAUUCUCCCGCUUUCCAUCACCCUGCCCCAUUCUCUCGCUUUCCAUCACCCCGCCCCAUUCUCCUACUUUCCAUCAUCCCGCCCCAUUCUCCCGCUUUCCAUCACCCCGCCCCAUUCUCCCUCCUUCCAUCACCCCGCCCCAUUCUCCCUCCUUCUAUCACCCCGCCCCAUUCUCCCUCCUUCCAUCACCCCGCCCCAUUCUCCCGCUUUCCAUCACCCCGCCCCAUUCUCCCGCUUUCCAUCACCCCGCCCCAUUCUCCCGCUUUCCAUCACCCCGCCCCAUUCUCCCGCUUUCCAUCACCCCGCCCCAUUCUCCCUCCUUCCAUCACCCCGCCCCAUUCUCUCUCCUUCCAUCACCCCGCCCCAUUCUCCCACUUUCCAUCACCCCGCCCCAUUGUCCCGCUUUUUAUCACCCCGCCCCAUUCUCCCGCUUUCCAUCACCCCGCCCCAUUCUCCCGCUUUCCAUCACCCCGCCCUAUUCUCCCGCUUUCCAUCACCCUGCCCCAUUCUCUCGCUUUCCAUCACCCCGCCCCAUUCUCCCGCUUUCCAUCACCCCGCCCCAUUCUCCCGCUUUCCAUCACCCUGCCCCAUUCUCCCGCUUUCCAUCACCCCGCGCCAUUCUCCCUCCUUCCAUCACCCUGCCCCAUUCUCCCUCCUUCCAUCACCCCGCCCCAUUCUCCCUCCUUCCAUCACCCCGCCCCAUUCUCCCGCUUUCCAUCACCCCGCCCCAUUCUCCCGCUUUCCAUCACCCCGCCCCAUUCUCCCGCUUUACCAUCCUCGCCCCAUUCUCCCGCUUUCCAUCACCCCGCCCCAUUCUCCCGCUUUCCAUCACCCCGCCCCAUUCUCCCGCUUUCCAUCACCCCGCCCCAUUCUCCUGCUUUCCAUCACCCCGCCCCAUUCUCCCUCCUUCCAUCACCCCGCCCCAUUCUCCCUCUUUCCAUCAUCCCGCCCCAUUCUCCCGCUUUCCAUCACCCCGCCCCAUUCUCCCGCUUUCCAUCACCCCGCCCCUUUCUCCCGCUUUCCAUCACCCCGCCCCAUUCUCCCGCUUUCCAUCACCCCGCCCCAUUCUCCCGCCUUCCAUCACCCCGCCCCAUUCUCCCUCCUUCCAUCACCCCGCCCCAUUCUCCCGCUUUCCAUCACCCCGCCCCAUUCUCCCGCUUUCCAUCACCCCGCCCCAUUCUCCCGCUUUCCAUCACCCCGCCCCAUUCUCCCGCUUUCCAUCACCCCGCCCCAUUCUCCCGCUUUCCAUCACCCUGCCCCAUUCUCCCGCUUUCCAUCACCCCGCCCCAUUCUCCCUCCUUCCAUCACCCCGCCCCAUUCUCCCUCCUUCCAUCACCCCGCCCCAUUCUCCCGCUUUCCAUCACCCCGCCCCAUUCUCCCGCUUUCCAUCACCCCGCCCCAUUCUCCCUCCUUCCAUCACCCCGCCCCAUUCUCCCUCCUUCCAUCACUCCGCCCAUUCUCCCGCUUUCCAUCACCCCGCCCCAUUCUCCCGCUUUCCAUCACCCCGCCCCAUUCUGCCGCUUUCAAUCACCCCGCUCCAUUCACCCGCUUUCCAUCACCCCGCCCCAUUCUCCCGCUUUCCAUCACCCCGCCCCAUUCUCCCGCUUUCCAUCACCCCGCCCCAUUCUCCCUCCUUCCAUCACCCCGCUCCAUUCACCCGCUUUCCAUCACCCCGCCAAAUUCUCCCGCUUUCCAUCACCCCGCCCCAUUCUCCCGCUUUCCAUCACCCCGCCCCAUUCUCCCUCCUUCCAUCACCCCGCCCCAUUCUCCCUCCUUCCAUCACCCCGCCCCAUUCUCCCGCUUUCCAUCACCCCGCCCCAUUCUCCUGCUUUCCAUCACACCGCCCCAUUCUCCCGCUUUCCAUCACCCCGCCCCAUUCUCCCGCUUUCCAUCACCCCGCCCCAUUCUCCCGCUUUCCAUCACCCCGCCCCAUUCUCCCGCUUUCCAUCACCCCGCCCCAUUCUCCCGCUUUCCAUCACCCCGCCCCAGUCUCCCUCCUUCCAUCACCCCGCCCCAUUCUCCCUCCUUCCAUCACCCCGCCCCAUUCUCCCGAUUUCCAUCACCCCGCCUCAUUCUCCCGCUUUCCAUCACCCCGCCCCAUUCUCUCUCAUUCUAUCAACCCGCCCCAUUCUCCCUCCUUCCAUCACCCCGCCCCAUUCUCUCUCCUUCCAUCACCCCGCCCCAUUCUCCCGCUUUCCAUCACCCCGCCCCAUUGUCCCUCCGUCCAUCACCCCGCCCCAUUCUCCCUCCUUCCAUCACCCCGCCCCAUUCUCCCGCUUUCCAUCACCCCGCCCCAUUGUCCCUCCGUCCAUCACCCCGCCCCAUUCUCCCUCCUUCCAUCACCCCGCCCCAUUCUCCCGCUUUCCAUCACCCCGCCCCAUUCUCCCGCUUUCCAUCACCCCGCCCCAUUCUCCCGCUUUCCAUCACCCCGCCACAUUCUCCCGCUUUCCAUCACCCCGCCCCAUUGUCCCGCUUUCUAUCAUCCCGCCCCAUUCUCCCGCUUUCCAUCACCCCGCCCCAUUCUCCCUCCUUCCAUCACCCCUCCCCAUUCUCCCGCUUUCCAUCACCCUGCCCCGUUCUCUCGCUUUCCAUCACCCCGCCCCAUUCUCCCGCUUUCCAUCACCCCGCCCCAUUCUCCCGCUUUCCAUCACCCCGCUCCAUUCACCCGCUUUCCAUCACCCCGCCCCAUUCUCCCGCUUUCCAUCACCCCGCCCCAUUCUCCCGCUUUCCAUCACCCCGCCCCAUUCUCCCUCCUUCCAUCACCCCGCCCCAUUCUCCCUCCUUCCAUCACCCCGCCCCAUUCUCCCUCCUUCCAUCACCCCGCCCCAUUCUCCCGCUUUCCAUCACCCCGCCCCAUUCUCCCGCUUUCCAUCACCCCGCCCCAUUCUCCCUCCUUCCAUCACCCCGCCCCAUUCUCCCUCCUUCCAUCACCCCGCCCCAUUCUCCCGCUUUCCAUCACCCAGCCCCAUUUUCCCGCUUUCCAUCACCCCGCCCCAUUCUCCCUCCUUCCAUCAACCCGCCCCAUUCUCCCUCCUUCUAUCACCCCGCCCCAUUCUCCCUCCUUCCAUCACCCCGCCCCAUUCUCCCGCUUUCCAUCACCCGCCCCAUUGUCCCUCCGUCCAUCACCCCGCCCCAAACUCCCUCCUUCCAUCACCCCGCCCCAUUCUCCCGCUUUCCAUCACCCCGCCCCAUUCUCCCGCUUUCCAUCACCCCGCCCCAUUCUCCCGCUUUCCAUCACCCCGCCACAUUCUCCCGCUUUCCAUCACCCCGCCCCAUUGUCCCGCUUUCUAUCACCCCGCCCCAUUCUCCCGCUUUCCAUCACCCCGCCCCAUUCUCCCUCCUUCCAUCACCCCGCCCCAUUCUCCCUCCUUCCAUCACCCCGCCCCAUUCUCCCUCCUUCCAUCACCCCGCCCCAUUCUCCCGCUUUCCAUCACCCCGCCCCAUUCUCCCGCUUUCCAUCACCCCGCCCCAUUCUCCCUCCUUCCAUCACCCCGCCCCAUUCUCCCUCCUUCCAUCACCCCGCCCCAUUCUCCCUCCUUCCAUCACACCGCCCCAUUCUCCCGCUUUCCAUCACCCCGCCCCAUUCUCCCGCUUUCCAUCACCCCGCCCCAUUCUCCCGCUUUCCAUCACCCCGCCCCAUUCUCCCGCUUUCCAUCACCCCGCCCCAUUCUCCCGCUUUCCAUCACCCCGCCCCAUUCUCCCGCUUUCCAUCACCCCGCCCCAUUCUCCCGCUUUCCAUCACCCCGCCCCAUUCUCCCGCUUUCCAUCACCCCGCCCCAUUCUCCCUCCUUCCAUCACCCCGCCCCAUUCUCCCUCCUUCCAUCACCCCGCCCCAUUCUCCCGCUUUCCAUCACACCGCCCCAUUCUCCCGCUUUCCAUCACACCGCCCCAUUCUCCCGCUUUCCAUCACCCCGCCCCAUUCUCCCGCUUUCCAUCACCCCGCCCCAUUCUCCCGCUUUCCAUCACCCCGCCCCAGUCUCCCUUCUUUCAUCACCCCGCCCCAUUCUCCCUCCUUCCAUCACCCCGCCCCAUUCUCCCGCUUUCCAUCACCCCGCCCCAUUCUCCCGCUUUCCAUCACCCCGCCCCAUUCUCUCUCCUUCCAUCACCCCGCCCCAUUCUCCCUCCUUCCAUCACCCCGCCCCAUUCUCCCGCUUUCCAUCACCCCGCCCCAUUUUCCCGCUUUCCAUCACCCCGCCCCAUUCUCCCUCCUUCCAUCAACCCGCCCCAUUCUCCCUCCUUCCAUCACCCCGCCCCAUUCUCCCUCCUUCCAUCACCCCGCCCCAUUCUCCCGCUUUCCAUCACCCCGCCCCAUUGUCCCUCCGUCCAUCACCCCGCCCCAUUCUCCCUCCUUCCAUCACCCCGCCCCAUUCUCCCGCUUUCCAUCACCCUGCCCCAUUCUCUCGCUUUCCAUCACCCCACCCCAUUCUCCCACUUUCCAUCACCCCGCCCCAUUCUCCCGCUUUCCAUCACCCCGCUCCAUUCACCCGCUUUCCAUCACCCCGCCCCAUUCUCCCGCUUUCCAUCACCCCGCCCCAUUCUCCCGCUUUCCAUCACCCCGCCCCAUUCUCCCGCCUUCCAUCACCCCGCCCCAUUCUCCCUCCUUCCAUCACCGCGCCCCAUUCUCCCUCCUUCCAUCACCCCGCCCCAUUCUCCCGCUUUCCAUCACCCCGCCCCAUUCUCCCGCUUUCCAUCACCCUGCCCCAUUCUCCCGCUUUCCAUCACCCCGCCCCAGUCUCCCUCCUUCCAUCACCCCGCCUCAUUCUCCCUCCUUCCAUCACCCCGCCCCAUUCUCCCGCUUUCCAUCACCCCGCCCCAUUCUCCCGCUUUCCAUCACCCCGCCCCAUUCUCCCUCCUUCCAUCACCCCGCCCCAUUCUCCCUCCUUCCAUCACUCCGCCCCGUUCUCCUGCUUUCCAUCACCCCGCCCCAUUCUCCCGCUUUCCAUCACCCCGCCCCAUUCUGCCGCUUUCAAUCACCCCGCUCCAUUCACCCGCUUUCCAUCACCCCGCCCCAUUCUCCCGCUUUCCAUCACCCCGCCCCAUUCUCCCGCUUUCCAUCACCCCGCCCCAUUCUCCCUCCUUCCAUCACCCCGCUCCAUUCACCCGCUUUCCAUCACCCCGCCAAAUUCUCCCGCUUUCCAUCACCCCGCCCCAUUCUCCCGCUUUCCAUCACCCCGCCCCAUUCUCCCUCCUUCCAUCACCCCGCCCCAUUCUCCCUCCUUCCAUCACCCCGCCCCAUUCUCCCGCUUUCCAUCACCCCGCCCCAUUCUCCCGCUUUCCAUCACCCCGCCCCAUUCUCAAGCUUUCCAUCACCCCGCCCCAUUCUUCCGCUUUCUAUCACCCCGCCUCAUUCUCCCGCUUUCCAUCACCCCGCCCCAUUCUCCCGCUUUCCAUCACCCCGCCCCAGUCUCCCUUCUUCCAUCACCCCGCCCCAUUCUCCCGCUUUCCAUCACCCCGCCCCAUUCUCCCGCUUUCCAUCACCCCGCCCCAUUCUCCCGCUUUCCAUCACCCCGCCCCAUUCUCCCGCUUUCCAUCACCCCGCCCCAUUCUCCCUCCUUCCAUCACCCCGCCCCAUUCUCCCUCCUUCCAUCAUCCCGCCCCAUUCUCCCACUUUCCAUCACCCCGCCCCAUUCUCCCGCUUUCCAUCACACCGCCCCAUUCUCCCGCUUUCCAUCACCCCGCCCCAUUCUCCCGCUUUCCAUCACCCCGCCCCAUUCUGCCGCUUUCAAUCACCCCGCUCCAUUCACCCGCUUUCCAUCACCCCGCCCCAUUCUCCCGCUUUCCAUCACCCCGCCCCAUUCUCCCGCUUUCCAUCACCCCGCCCCAUUCUCCCUCCUUCCAUCACCCCGCUCCAUUCACCCGCUUUCCAUCACCCCGCCAAAUUCUCCCGCUUUCCAUCACCCCGCCCCAUUCUCCCGCUUUCCAUCACCCCGCCCCAUUCUCCCUCCUUCCAUCACCCCGCCCCAUUCUCCCUCCUUCCAUCACCCCGCCCCAUUCUCCCGCUUUCCAUCACCCCGCCCCAUUCUCCCGCUUUCCAUCACCCCGCCCCAUUCUCCCGCUUUCCAUCACCCCGCCCCAUUCUUCCGCUUUCUAUCACCCCGCCUCAUUCUCCCGCUUUCCAUCACCCCGCCCCAUUCUCCCGCUUUCCAUCACCCCGCCCCAGUCUCCCUUCUUCCAUCACCCCGCCCCAUUCUCCCUCCUUCCAUCACCCCGCCCCAUUCUCCCGCUUUCCAUCACCCCGCCCCAUUCUCCCGCUUUCCAUCACCCCGCCCCAUUCUCCCGCUUUCCAUCACCCCGCCCCAUUGUCCCGCUUUCUAUCACCCCGCCUUAUUCUCCCUCCUUCCAUCACCCCGCCCCAUUCUCCCGCUUUCCAUCACCCCGCCCCAUUCUCCCGCUUUCCAUCACCCCGCCCCAUUCUCCCUCCUUCCAUCACCCCGCCCCAUUCUCCCUCCUUCCAUCACUCCGCCCCGUUCUCCUGCUUUCCAUCACCCCGCCCCAUUCUCCCGCUUUCCAUCACCCCGCCCCAUUCUCCCGCUUUCCAUCACCCCGCCCCAUUCUGCCGCUUUCAAUCACCCCGCUCCAUUCACCCGCUUUCCAUCACCCCGCCCCAUUCUCCCGCUUUCCAUCACCCCGCCCCAUUCUCCCGCUUUCCAUCACCCCGCCCCAUUCUCCCUCCUUCCAUCACCCCGCUCCAUUCACCCGCUUUCCAUCACCCCGCCAAAUUCUCCCGCUUUCCAUCACCCCGCCCCAUUCUCCCGCUUUCCAUCACCCCGCCCCAUUCUCCCUCCUUCCAUCACCCCGCCCCAUUCUCCCUCCUUCCAUCACCCCGCCCCAUUCUCCCGCUUUCCAUCACCCCGCCCCAUUCUCCCGCUUUCCAUCACCCCGCCCCAUUCUCCCGCUUUCCAUCACCCCGCCCCAUUCUUCCGCUUUCUAUCACCCCGCCUCAUUCUCCCGCUUUCCAUCACCCCGCCCCAUUCUCCCGCUUUCCAUCACCCCGCCCCAUCUCCCUUCUUCCAUCACCCCGCCCCAUUCUCCCUCCUUCCAUCACCCCGCCCCAUUCUCCCGCUUUCCAUCACCCCGCCCCAUUCUCCCGCUUUCCAUCACCCCGCCCCAUUCUCCCGCUUUCCAUCACCCCGCCCCAUUGUCCCGCUUUCUAUCACCCCGCCUUAUUCUCCCUCCUUCCAUCACCCCGCCCCAUUCUCCCGCUUUCCAUCACCCCGCCCCAUUCUCCCGCUUUCCAUCACCCCGCCCCAUUCUCCCUCCUUCCAUCACCCCGCCCCAUUCUCCCUCCUUCCAUCACUCCGCCCCGUUCUCCUGCUUUCCAUCACCCCGCCCCAUUCUCCCGCUUUCCAUCACCCCGCCCCAUUCUCCCGCUUUCCAUCACCCCGCCCCAUUCUGCCGCUUUCAAUCACCCCGCUCCAUUCACCCGCUUUCCAUCACCCCGCCCCAUUCUCCCGCUUUCCAUCACCCCGCCCCAUUCUCCCGCUUUCCAUCACCCCGCCCCAUUCUCCCUCCUUCCAUCACCCCGCUCCAUUCACCCGCUUUCCAUCACCCCGCCAAAUUCUCCCGCUUUCCAUCACCCCGCCCCAUUCUCCCGCUUUCCAUCACCCAGCCCCAUUCUCUCGCUUUCCAUCACCCCGCCCCAUUCUCCCGCUUUCCAUCACCCCGCCUCAUUCUCUCACUUUCCAUCACCCCGCCCCAUUCUCCCGCUUUCCAUCACCCCGCCCCAUUCUCUCGCUUUCCAUCACCCCGCCAUUCUCCCGCUUUCCAUCACCCCGCCCCAUUCUCCCUCCUUCCAUCACCCCGCCCCAUUCUCCCUCCUUCCAUCACCCCGCCCCAUUCUCCCGCUUUCCAUCACCCCGCCCCAUUCUCCCGCUUUCCAUCACCCCGCCCCAUUCUCCCGCUUUCCAUCACCCCGCCCCAUUCUCCCGCUUUCCAUCACCCCGCCCCAUUCUCCCGCUUUCCAUCACCCCGCCCCAGUCUCCCUUCUUCCAUCACCACGCCCCAUUCUCCCUCCUUCCAUCACCCCGCCCCAUUCUCCCGCUUUCCAUCACCCCACCCCAUUCUCCCGCUUUCCAUCACCCCGCCCCAUUCUCCCUCCUUCCAUCACCCCGCCCCAUUCUCCCUCCUUCCAUCACCCCGCCCCAUUCUCCCGCUUUCCAUCACCCCGGCCCAUUUUCCCGCUUUCCAUCACCCCGCCUCAUUCUCCCUCCUUCCAUCAACCCGCCCCAUUCUCCCUCCUUCCAUCACCCCGCCCCAUUCUCCCUCCUUCCAUCACCCCGCCCCAUUCUCCCGCUUUCCAUCACCCCGCCCCAUUCUCCCGCUUUCCAUCACCCCGCCCCAUUCUCCCUCCUUCCAUCACCCCGCCCCAUUCUCCCUCCUUCCAUCACUCCGCCCCAUUCUCCCGCUUUCCAUCACCCCGCCCCAUUCUCCCGCUUUCCAUCACCCCGCCCCAUUCUGCCGCUUUCAAUCACCCCGCUCCAUUCACCCGCUUUCCAUCACCCCGCCCCAUUCUCCCGCUUUCCAUCACCCCGCCCCAUUCUCCCGCUUUCCAUCACCCCGCCCCAUUCUCCCUCCUUCCAUCACCCCGCUCCAUUCACCCGCUUUCCAUCACCCCGCCAAAUUCUCCCGCUUUCCAUCACCCCGCCCCAUUCUCCCGCUUUCCAUCACCCCGCCCCAUUCUCCCUCCUUCCAUCACCCCGCCCCAUUCUCCCUCCUUCCAUCACCCCGCCCCAUUCUCCCGCUUUCCAUCACCCCGCCCCAUUCUCCUGCUUUCCAUCACCCCGCCCCAUUCUCCCGCUUUCCAUCACCCCGCCCCAUUCUCCCGCUUUCCAUCACCCCGCCCCAUUCUCCCGCUUUCCAUCACCCCGCCCCAUUCUCCCGCUUUCCAUCACCCCGCCCCAUUCUCCCGCUUUCCAUCACCCCGCCCCAUUCUCCCGCUUUCCAUCACCCCGCCCCAGUCUCCCUCCUUCCAUCACCCAGCCCCAUUCUCCCGAUUUCCAUCACCCCGCCCCAUUCUCCCGCUUUCCAUCACCCCACCUCAUUCUCCCGCUUUCCAUCACCCCGCCCCAUUCUCUCUCAUUCUAUCAACCCGCCCCAUUCUCCCUCCUUCCAUCACCCCGCCCCAUUAUCUCUCCUUCCAUCACCCCGCCCCAUUCUCCCGCUUUCCAUCACCCCGCCCCAUUGUCCCUCCGUCCAUCACCCCGCCCCAUUCUCCCUCCUUCCAUCACCCCGCCCCAUUCUCCCGCUUUCCAUCACCCCGCCCCAUUGUCCCUCCGUCCAUCACCCCGCCCCAUUCUCCCUCCUUCCAUCACCCCACCCCAUUCUCCCGCUUUCCAUCACCCCGCCCCAUUCUCCCGCUUUCCAUCACCCCGCCCCAUUCUCUUGCUUUCCAUCACCCCGCCACAUUCUCCCGCUUUCCAUCACCCCGCCCCAUUGUCCCGCUUUCUAUCAUCCCGCCCCAUUCUCCCGCUUUCCAUCACCCUGCCCCAUUCUCCCUCCUUCCAUCACCCCUCCCCAUUCUCCCGCUUUCCAUCACCCUGCCCCAUUCUCUCGCUUUCCAUCACCCCGCCCCAUUCUCCCGCUUUCCAUCACCCCGCCCCAUUCUCCCGCUUUCCAUCACCCCGCUCCAUUCACCCGCUUUCCAUCACCCCGCCCCAUUCUCCCGCUUUCCAUCACCCCGCCCCAUUCUCCCGCUUUCCAUCACCCCGCCCCAUUCUCCCUCCUUCCAUCACCCCGCCCCAUUCUCCCUCCUUCCAUCACCCCGCCCCAUUCUCCCUCCUUCCAUCACCCCGCCCCAUUCUCCCGCUUUCCAUCACCCCGCCCCAUUCUCCCGCUUUCCAUCACCCCGCCCCAUUCUCCCUCCUUCCAUCACGCCGCCCCAUUCUCCCUCCUUCCAUCACCCCGCCCCAUUCUCCCGCUUUCCAUCACCCAGCCCCAUUUUCCCGCUUUCCAUCACCCCGCCCCAUUCUCCCUCCUUCCAUCAACCCGCCCCAUUCUCCCUCCUUCUAUCACCCCGCCCCAUUCUCCCUCCUUCCAUCACCCCGCCCCAUUCUCCCGCUUUCCAUCACCCGCCACCAUUGUCCCUCCGUCCAUCACCCCGCCCCAAACUCCCUCCUUCCAUCACCCCGCCCCAUUCUCCCGCUUUCCAUCACCCCGCCCCAUUCUCCCGCUUUCCAUCACCCCGCCCCAUUCUCCCGCUUUCCAUCACCCCGCCACAUUCUCCCGCUUUCCAUCACCCCGCCCCAUAGUCCCGCUUUCUAUCACCCCGCCCCAUUCUCCCGCUUUCCAUCACCCCGCCCCAUUCUCCCUCCUUCCAUCACCCCGCCCCAUUCUCCCUCCUUCCAUCACCCCGCACCAUUCUCCCUCCUUCCAUCACCCCGCCCCAUUCUCCCGUUUUCCAUCACCCCGCCCCAUUCUCCCGCUUUCCAUCACCCCGCCCCAUUCUCCCUCCUUCCAUCACCCCGCCCCAUUCUCCCUCCUUCCAUCACCCCGCCCCAUUCUCCCUCCUUCCAUCACACUGCCCCAUUCUCCCGCUUUCCAUCACCCCGCCCCAUUCUCCCGCUUUCCAUCACCCCGCCCCAUUCUCCCGCUUUCCAUCACCCCGCCCCAUUCUCCCGCUUUCCAUCACCCCGCCCCAUUCUCCCGCUUUCCAUCACCCCGCCCCAUUCUCCCGCUUUCCAUCACCCCGCCCCAUUCUCCCGCUUUCCAUCACCCCGCCCCAUUCUCCCGCUUUCCAUCACCCCGCCCCAUUCUCCCUCCUUCCAUCACCCCGCCCCAUUCUCCCUCCUUCCAUCAUCCCGCCCCAUUCUCCCACUUUCCAUCACCCCGCCCCAUUCUCCCGCUUUCCAUCACACCGCCCCAUUCUCCCGCUUUCCAUCACCCCGCCCCAUUCUCCCGCUUUCCAUCACCCCGCCCCAUUCUCCCGCUUUCCAUCACCCCGCCCCAGUCUCCCUUCUUCCAUCACCCCGCCCCAUUCUCCCUCCUUCCAUCACCCCGCCCCAUUCUCCCGCUUUCCAUCACCCCGCCCCAUUCUCCCGCUUUCCAUCACCCCGCCCCAUUCUCUCUCCUUCCAUCACCCCGCCCCAUUCUCCCUCCUUCCAUCACCCCGCCCCAUUCUCCCGCUUUCCAUCACCCCGCCCCAUUUUCCCGCUUUCCAUCACCCCGCCCCAUUCUCCCUCCUUCCAUCAACCCGCCCCAUUCUCCCUCCUUCCAUCACCCCGCCCCAUUCUCCCUCCUUCCAUCACCCCGCCCCAUUCUCCCGCUUUCCAUCACCCCGCCCCAUUGUCCCUCCGUCCAUCACCCCGCCCCAUUCUCCCUCCUUCCAUCACCCCGCCCCAUUCUCCCGCUUUCCAUCACCCUGCCCCAUUCUCUCGCUUUCCAUCACCCCGCCCCAUUCUCCCACUUUCCAUCACCCCGCCCCAUUCUCCCGCUUUCCAUCACCCCGCUCCAUUCACCCGCUUUCCAUCACCCCGCCCCAUUCUCCCGCUUUCCAUCACCCCGCCCCAUUCUCCCGCUUUCCAUCACCCCGCCCCAUUCUCCCUCCUUCCAUCACCCCGCCCCAUUCUCCCUCCUUCCAUCACCCCGCCCCAUUCUCCCUCCUUCCAUCACCCCGCCCCAUUCUCCCGCUUUCCAUCACCCCGCCCCAUUCUCCCGCUUUCCAUCACCCUGCCCCAUUCUCCCGCUUUCCAUCACCCCGCCCCAGUCUCCCUCCUUCCAUCACCCCGCCUCAUUCUCCCUCCUUCCAUCACCCCGCCCCAUUCUCCCGCUUUCCAUCACCCCGCCCCAUUCUCCCGCUUUCCAUCACCCCGCCCCAUUCUCCCUCCUUCCAUCACCCCGCCCCAUUCUCCCUCCUUCCAUCACUCCGCCCCGUUCUCCUGCUUUCCAUCACCCCGCCCCAUUCUCCCGCUUUCCAUCACCCCGCCCCAUUCUGCCGCUUUCAAUCACCCCGCUCCAUUCACCCGCUUUCCAUCACCCCGCCCCAUUCUCCCGCUUUCCAUCACCCCGCCCCAUUCUCCCGCUUUCCAUCACCCCGCCCCAUUCUCCCUCCUUCCAUCACCCCGCUCCAUUCACCCGCUUUCCAUCACCCCGCCAAAUUCUCCCGCUUUCCAUCACCCCGCCCCAUUCUCCCGCUUUCCAUCACCCCGCCCCAUACUCCCUCCUUCCAUCACCCCUCCCCAUUCUCCCUCCUUCCAUCACCCCGCCCCAUUCUCCCGCUUUCCAUCACCCCGCCCCAUUCUCCCGCUUUCCAUCACCCCGCCCCAUUCUCCCGCUUUCCAUCACCCCGCCCCAUUCUUCCGCUUUCUAUCACCCCGCCUCAUUCUCCCGCUUUCCAUCACCCCGCCCCAUUCUCCCGCUUUCCAUCACCCCGCCCCAGUCUCCCUUCUUCCAUCACCCCGCCCCAUUCUCCCGCUUUCCAUCACCCCGCCCCAUUCUCCCGCUUUCCAUCACCCCGCCCCAUUCUCCCGCUUUCCAUCACCCCGCCCCAUUCUCCCGCUUUCCAUCACCCCGCCCCAUUCUCCCUCCUUCCAUCACCCCGCCCCAUUCUCCCUCCUUCCAUCAUCCCGCCCCAUUCUCCCACUUUCCAUCACCCCGCCCCGUUCUCCCGCUUUCCAUCACACCGCCCCAUUCUCCCGCUUUCCAUCACCCCGCCCCAUUCUCCCGCUUUCCAUCACCCCGCCCCAUUCUCCCGCUUUCCAUCACCCCGCCCCAGUCUCCCUUCUUCCAUCACCCCGCCCCAUUCUCCCUCCUUCCAUCACCCCGCCCCAUUCUCCCGCUUUCCAUCACCCCGCCCCAUUCUCCCGCUUUCCAUCACCCCGCCCCAUUCUCUCUCCUUCCAUCACCCCGCCCCAUUCUCCCUCCUUCCAUCACCCCGCCCCAUUCUCCCGCUUUCCAUCACCCCGCCCCAUUUUCCCGCUUUCCAUCACCCCGCCCCAUUCUCCCUCCUUCCAUCAACCCGCCCCAUUCUCCCUCCUUCCAUCACCCCGCCCCAUUCUCCCUCCUUCCAUCACCCCGCCCCAUUCUCCCUCCUUCCAUCACCCCGCCCCAUUCUCCCUCCUUCCAACACCCCGCCCCAUUCUCCCGCUUUCCAUCACCCCGCCCCAUUCUCCCGCUUUCCAUCACCCUGCCCCAUUCUCCCGCUUUCCAUCACCCCGCCCCAGUCUCCCUCCUUCCAUCACCCCGCCUUAUUCUCCCUCCUUCCAUCACCCCGCCCCAUUCUCCCGCUUUCCAUCACCCCGCCCCAUUCUCCCGCUUUCCAUCACCCCGCCCCAUUCUCCCUCCUUCCAUCACCCCGCUCCAUUCACCCGCUUUCCAUCACCCCGCCAAAUUCUCCCGCUUUCCAUCACCCCGCCCCAUUCUCCCGCUUUCCAUCACCCCGCCCCAUUCUCCCUCCUUCCAUCACCCCGCCCCAUUCUCCCUCCUUCCAUCACCCCGCCCCAUUCUCCCGCUUUCCAUCACCCCGCCCCAUUCUCCCGCUUUCCAUCACCCCGCCCCAUUCUCCCGCUUUCCAUCACCCCGCCCCAUUCUUCCGCUUUCUAUCACCCCGCCUCAUUCUCCCGCUUUCCAUCACCCCGCCCCAUUCUCCCGCUUUCCAUCACCCCGCCCCAUUCUCCCGCUUUCCAUCACCCCGCCCCAUUCUCCCUCCUUCCAUCACCCCGCCCCAUUCUCCCUCCUUCCAUCACCCCGCCCCAUUCUCCCGCUUUCCAUCACCCCGCCCCAUUCUCCCGCUUUCCAUCACCCCGCCCCAUUCUCCCGCUUUCCAUCACCCCGCCACAUUCUCCCGCUUUCCAUCACCCCGCCCCAUUGUCCCGCUUUCUAUCACCCCGCCCCAUUCUCCCGCUUUCCAUCACCCCGCCCCAUUCUCCCUCCUUCCAUCACCCCGCCCCAUUCUCCCGCUUUCCAUCACCCUGCCCCAUUCUCUCGCUUUCCAUCACCCCGCCCCAUUCUCCCGCUUUCCAUCACCCCGCCCCAUUUACCCGCUUUCCAUCACCCCGCCCCAUUCUCCCGCUUUCCAUCACCCCGCCCCAUUCUCCCUCCUUCCAUCACCCCGCCCCAUUCUCCCUCCUUCCAUCACCCCGCCCCAUUCUCCCUCCUUCCAUCACCCCGCCCCAUUCUCCCGCUUUCCAUCACCCCACCCCAUUCUCCCGCUUUCCAUCACCCCGCCCCAUUCUCCCUCUUUCCAUCACCCCGCCCCAUUCUCCCGCUUUCCAUCACCCCGCCCCAUUCUCCUGCUUUCCAUCACCCCGCCCCAUUCUCCCUCCUUCCAUCACCCCGCCCCAUUCUCCCUCCUUCCAUCACCCCCCCCCCCAUUCUCCCUCCUUCCAUCACCUUGCCCCAUUCUCUCGCUUUCCAUCACCCCGCCCCAUUCUCCCGCUUUCCAUCACCCCGCCCCAUUCUCCCGCUUUUCAUCACCCCGCCCCAUUCUCCCGCUUUCCAUCACCCCGCCCCAUUCUCCCUCCUUCCAUCACCCCGCCCCAUUCUCCCUCCUUCCAUCACCCCGCCCCAUUCUCCCGCUUUCCAUCACCCCGCCCCAUUCUCCCGCUUUCCAUCACCCCGCCCCAUUCUCCCGCUUUCCAUCACCCCGCCCCAUUCUCCCGCUUUCCAUCACCCCGCCCCAUUCUCCCGCUUUCCAUCACCCCGCCCCAGUCUCCCUUCUUCCAUCACCACGCCCCAUUCUCCCUCCUUCCAUCACCCCGCCCCAUUCUCCCGCUUUCCAUCACCCCGCCCCAUUCUCCCGCUUUCCAUCACCCCGCCCCAUUCUCCCUCCUUCCAUCACCCCGCCCCAUUCUCCCUCCUUCCAUCACCCCGCCCCAUUCUCCCGCUUUCCAUCACCCCGGCCCAUUUUCCCGCUUUCCAUCACCUCGCCCCAUUCUCCCUCCUUCCAUCAACCCGCCCCAUUCUCCCUCCUUCCAUCACCCCGCCCCAUUCUCCCUCCUUCCAUCACCCCGCCCCAUUCUCCCGCUUUCCAUCACCCGCCCCAUUGUCCCUCCGUCCAUCACCCCGCCCCAUUCUCCCUCCUUCCAUCACCCCGCCCCAUUCUCCCGCUUUCCAUCACCCCGCCCCAUUCUCCCGCUUUCCAUCACCCCGCCCCAUUCUCCCGCUUUCCAUCACCCCGCCACAUUCUCCCGCUUUCCAUCACCCCGCCCCAUUCUCCCUCCUUCCAUCACCCCGCCCCAUUCUCCCGCUUCCAUCACCGGCGCCAAACGUUUUUGUGCGAACGAACCAAGCUGA